ACCACCGAUUCAACCGACUCGAGCUGCUGCUCCGGUCAGUUACUACAAAAUGGCUGCAGAGGCUCCGCCGCCGACGAAAAGCUCCUGAACGCUUCACGCUGUGAGAAGAAGCAAAGAACACGAGAAGAGAACCAUUUGAUGGAAGAUAAGAAAAAGAAAAAGCAAGAAGAGAAGAAAAAGAAAGAAGGUGCUCAGAAAAAGGCCACAGAACAGAGAACCAAAGUGCCAGACUCUGCCAGGCGAGACCCCACCCCUCCUCUUCCCCCCAUCAGCCCCAGUGCCGUCCCGUCUGCACCCCCGAGCGGUGGCAAUGGCAAGCGCGCCCCCUCUGGAGGUUCACCGCAGACAGCACAGCAGCCGCAGAACCUGCUCCAGCAGCGCUACCCGCCGAGAGAGGUGCCGCCGCGCUUCCGCCAGCAGGAGCACAAGCAGCUGUUGAAGAGGGGCCAGCCUCUGCCCGCCGGGACCCCGCCUCCCACCACCACGGGACGUCCCGCCGCUGCUGAACCCGCGGCAGCGGUAGCCGCGCUCUCCUCUCUCGCCGGCUCCUCGUCCUCCACAGCCAGCCUGCCUACAGAACUGCCCCCACAGAGAGGCCAGGGAGCGCAGUAUGAUAAUCCCCUCUGGGGAAACCCGCCAGCCAAUAGGAGUGCCACAAGUGCUUCCACCAAUCCUAGUGACUGGGAUCAACUAAUCACUGACCAGAAGGAAACGGAGGCUUGGCCUUCUAUUACCCUCAGCCAGAGCCAGGCCCCUCCAGGAGGAUGCUCUUCGGACACUGACCCUGGUCACCUGGCCAGCAGCAACAGCAGCAGCAGUAGUACUAGUAGUAGUUGUAGUACAUUGAAUAUGGCCUCGGGGGCUAAUAGCCAGACAGGCCAUUUUCCUGCCAACCACCUUAGCAGCAAGGUUAACAGUGGGCCCAGCCCAGCCAAUCAUACUGGAACCAGCAUGCUCUCUAGCCCGGUUGCAGCUAAUUGCAGCUGGGGCUCUGGGCCUGGAUCCUCUCAUUGCCCCCCUCAGUCCUCAGUGGGGGGCGAAGGGAAGAAUGACAGCCCUGGGGGAGCGGGAGGCAGUAGGGGCUGGGGGUCGUCUUCAUCAUCCUCCAACACCAACUUUAACUUGAACCUAAACCCUAACGCCAACCCGUCCGCCUGGCCCAUGUUGGGACACGAUGGGGUUGGCACAGGGGGAGGCAGCUCAGGAGGAGCCAACACCAUUUCACCUCCUCAACCUACACCCAACCUCUGUAAUCCGCCUGGCCCCCCACCAGUCCAGACCAGCAGCUGUACCGGAAUCAACGCUAACAGCUCUGCGGGGAUUGGCAGCGCCUGGGGUAGCUUAAUGACCUCUGACAGUCCGGAGCCACACCCCUCCCCAUCCACGAAUGUGUCUUUCAGUUCAGAACCUCAGAACCUUAAAACUGACGGACCAAAUCACACUAAUAAGCAGGAACCCCCCAGCCCCAUCCGCAAUUUGCCUGGCUGGGGUAGUGAACCUGUACACUUGGGUUCCAUGGACCAGACACCCUCAGGGGGCCAGCAGGUCAAUGGAGAAGAUAAUAGCUCAGUAUGGGGAAACAGUGGUGACUCGAAGGCACCUUCAUCCAAGGAGGCGCCUGGAUGGGACUCUGGCUGGGGCCGUGGAGGUGGAGCAGGAAACUCUGGGGGCUGGGGUGACCAGUCUGGUGGAAGCUGGGGGAAACCGCGCACUGAAGAGGCCCAGGGAGGCUGGGCGGCCCCUGGCUCUCCUCCCCAGGAUCCACAGGCCACCCCUUGGAACAGAGCAGUGAGCACAGCUGCUGCAAGUGAAGGGAGCAGUGACAGCAUGGAAGCACAGCCCCCGCACAGAGACUCCUCGUCAAGAGAUAACCCUGCUCCUCCGCUGCCUGCCCAGGACUUGGACCCCAGGGUGCUGUGUAACACCGGCUGGGGACAGACCCCUGUUCGCCAGCACACCACCUGGGACAUGGUCAAGUCUAAACGCAAGAAUGAUGCGGCUGCCGAUUCGUGGGGCUCCGGCCCAACCACUCCAAAUGACGCUCAGGGGCCCGCCAGCAUUAACAUGGCCCCCUCCAGCAUUAGCGUGGGCCCCUCCAGCACUAACAUGGGCCCCUCUCAGAGGGCUGAUCCUGGGGGUCAAAAUGAUAUGCCUGGUUCUCAGGUAGCUUCAGGUUGGGGUGGAGGCAUAGCUGCCAACAACCCACCUAUCGCCGGCUGGGGAGAGCCAGUCAACAACGUUAAGCCCCCAGGUGGCCCUGGUGGAUGGGGCAAUCCGCCAACAGGAGCCCCCACACCCAGCGUACCCAAGAAUGGAGGUCAAUCCUGGGCAGAAGAGAAGCCAACUGGGUGGGACGAUUCUCGCAGCAAAGCAACAUCCCAGGGCUGGGGAGAGCAACCCAAAGCAUCCCAUAGCUGGGGCAAUGGUGGAGGAAGCAAUAACCCAGGUGACUGGAGAGAACCAGAGGAGAGCAAAAAGAAUCCCACCAAGCCGGGCUGGGAGGGAGAAGCAGGGGGCUGGAAGGAAAAUCAACGAAGUUGGGGAGGAUCUUCUUCAGGACCUGUGACACCCGGAGCUGGAGGAAAUGGGGGCUGGGCGGAGACAGCUUGCCAGCGUCCCAGUGGCCCUGCCCAAAGCUGGGGGGCCAAGCCUCAGGAUGGACCCGGCGGUAGUAGUGCGGCAGGGAGCAUGGGCUCUUGGGCUGGAUCGGGCUCGGUAAAGCAGGGUGGAAGCUGGGCCGGCAGUAAGAAGGAGUCUUCUGCUCCACCCACAGGCUGGGAAGAGCCCUCCCCACCUUCAAUCCGCCGUAAGAUGGAGAUAGAUGACGGGACCUCGGCUUGGGGCGACCCAGUUAACCACAGAAAGUCAGUCAACCUGUGGGACAGGAACAAUCCAGGAAAGUCCCAGGCUAAAGUUACCACUGGAGGCAAUAACCCCCCGGGCCCCAACAACAACCAUUCCCACCCGCACAAUCACCCCUAUCAAGGGCCACCUGCCCCUUUACAGAACCACACCCCAAAUCCCCCAAACCCAGGACCCAGCAGUGGGCCCAUGGAUCCUGUUGUCCAACACCAGUCGGGGCCAUCUCACAACAGGAGUCCCUUAAUAGCUCAAGGUUGGGGAGAGACAUCCAGCUCUCACACAAAACCAGAGAGCACUUGGGGGGAAGCUGCACCCGCUCCAGUCAGCGUCGACAACGGGACGUCUGCCUGGAGCAAAUCUAGUGGGGGUUGGGGGGACAGCAACCCGGACGGCUACGGCAGGGGCAACCUGACGAUGACAUCCGCAUCGUGCAAACCUGGUCCCAAACCUAUGCAAGACGGAUGGGGAGGUGGAGGCGAAGAGCUGAGCGUGACGGGCGGUCAGUGGGACGCCGAGGAGGGAGACAUGUGGAACAGCGUUGCGUCCCAGGAGAGCAAUCCCUCCUGUAACUCCUGGGGCAACGCAUCUAAAAAGGGCCCACCGAAGCUCUCCCAGGCAAAGGUCCCGGGGAAGCAAGAAGAUGCGUGGAUGAUGAAUCGUCUCAUCAAACAGCUGACGGACAUGGGCUUCCCUAGAGAUCCGUCAGAAGAGGCUCUGAAGAGCAACAACAUGAGCCUGGACCAGGCCAUGAGCGCCCUGCUGGAGAAAAAGACGGAGCUGGACAAGCGGGGGAUGGGAAUAACCGGCCACGACUACAACGGGCUCAUCAACAAGCCCAUGAGCUGCCCUCGGCCUCCGCUUCUUUCCAAAGACCACUCGACAGACCCCCGCUUGCCCUUCAUGGAAAAGCAAAUGCAGAGUGGAAUGUUUGGCGGUGGUGGAGCAGUACAAGCCCGGGCCAUGCAGCAGCAGCAGCAACAACAACAACAACAACAACAGCAGCAACAGCCGCCUCCUCAGCCUCCUGUGCAGCCUCUCAGUUCCUCUCAGCCCAGUCUGCGUGCUCAAGUGCCUCAGUUUCUGUCCCCUCAGGUUCAAGCACAGCUCUUACAGUUUGCAGCAAAAAACAUUGGUCUGAAUCCUGCACUUUUAACCUCACCAAUAAACCCUCAACAUAUGACCCUUCUGAAUCAACUUUACCAGCUGCAACUGGCAUACCAGCGUUUACAAAUUCAGCAGCAGAUGUUGCAGGCGCAGCGCAACGUUUCUGGCCCAAUUCGACAACAAGAGCAGCAAGUCGCGCGUACAAUCAACAACAUGCAGCAGCAGAUCCAACAGCACCAGCGUCAGCUGGCCCAGGCCCUGCUGAUGAAGCAGCAGCAACAGCAGCCGCCCCCCUCCCACUCUGGCCUGCACCCCGGCGGGCCCAAAUCCGCCCUGGACUUAUUUCCGGGUCACCCCCACGCUGCGGGCCUCCACGACCUGCAGACCAAAGAGCCGCAGUCAUCUCCCAACUCCUACGGCCCCUACUCUCUCUCCGGACUGAAUCAGAACAUGAAUGUAAACUGCGUGGAGGUGGGGGGUCUGUCCAUGAAGGAGCCCCACCAGCCCCAGUCGCGCUUGUCGCAAUGGACGCAUCCCAACUCCAUCGAAAGCCUCUCCGGAAGCUCCUCCCCUCUGGAGCCCAACCUGGGCAAGCAUGGUGCCAACCUGGGCCCCCCUGGAAAGCUCCCUCAGAUGGAGGACUCGUACAGCCACUACAACUUGAUGUCCAGCUCAGACUCUCCUAACAGCCCCUUGGUCCCCCAAGACAACUGGGGGCAGGUCAAGGGCACCAGUGAUAAGAUGGCCAACGGGACCAAUAUCAACUGGCCACCAGAGUUCUGCCCAGGUGUCCCCUGGAAGGGCCUCCAGAAUAUUGACCCUGAGACCGACCCUAACGUGACCCCCGGCAGUGUGCCCAGCGGGCCCACCAUCAACACCAACAUCCAAGAUGUCAACCGCUACCUGCUGCGGGACAGGAGCGCAGGUAAACUGUCAGAAAUGAAAUCGACUUGGUCUCCGGGCCCCGUUUCCCACAACCAGGCCUCUCUAUCCCACGAGCUGUGGAAGGUCCCACAGGGCCCCCGGAGCAGCAACGCGGCCCCUUCCCGACCUCCACCUGGCCUUACCAACAGCAAGCCCACUUCCACUUGGGGGGGCAACUCCCUGGGCCUUGCUCAAGGCUGGAGCAGCUCCUACACAACAGCAGGUACCACGUGGAGUACAGACAGCGCCACCAGGGCCAGUAGCUGGCUGGUUCUGAGGAACCUCACUCCCCAGAUCGACGGUUCGACUCUGCGUACACUGUGCAUGCAACACGGCCCCCUCAUCACAUUCCACCUCAACCUGACGCAGGGCAACGCCGUGGUGCGCUACAGCUCCAAGGACGAAGCUGCCAAGGCUCAGAAGUCCCUGCACAUGUGCGUGCUCGGGAACACCACCAUCCUGGCCGAGUUUGCCGGGGAAGAUGAAGUGAACCGCUUCUUUGCACAGGGCCAGUCGCUCGGCGGCACCACCAGCUGGCAGGCCACGCCGGGCUCCAAUCAGACGAGGAUGGGCGGCGCCGGGUCGGGAGCCCCCCACCCCAUCGGCCACUCCCCGCACUGGAACAACAACAACAACGGCGGCGGAGGGCUCGGAGCGGGCGGAGCAAAGACGGGGGGGGAGUUGCUGUGGGGUGGCGUGCAGCAGUAUUCCAGCCUGUGGGGGCCGCCGAGUGGAGAGGAGGGGCGGGUCAUGGGGAGUCCCACACAGAUCAAUACCCUGCUGCCUGGGGACCUGCUGAGUGGAGAGUCCAUGUAGGGCGGAGGAGCCCGGGCGCAACAAACACCAACAGGAGUAUCAAAUCUUGCAAAUCAUUGUGGAGAUAAUCAGUGUGGCUGUAACGGUGAGAAGGGGAGACGAGAGGAGGGAGGGGCUACAUCCUCGCUGCUCACCCUCGCCAACCUCCUCCACUCCUUUUUUUUUUUUUUUUUGUAUUUUAAUGACAUUUCAGCUGCAGUUGUUUUAUGAAUCUCAGUGUUCAGCUUUUCUCUUUUCGAGACACGGGAAGGAGUCUUUCGUUUGACAAAGAAGGAGAACUUUUUACAGAAAUGAACUUGCGCCGGAACUCGCGAGUUGGAACGCGAACUUCAGUCCAAACUGACACGAGAUGACGAGCCGCCAUCUUUAAACUUGCGUAAUCCCUCUCUGCCUUUUCAGGCAAUCACACUGCACCUCAGAGAUCCAUGAAAAAGGCAUCAUUCCCAAAGUAAAACCCUUCAAUCAGAGUGGUUGUCAAACUUUCAGCUGGUCCGGACUCAAACUUCUGUUUCUCUCAGCACUAAUAUUAGCCUUAACCUCUUUCCUGCCCUGCUAUCCUCACUCACUCUGUACUUGGUGAAGAAGCAUACGGACACUUGCACACCCUUAUUUCUGAGCCAGUGAAACCCGAGUGGAGAGUCCACAGCUGCUGCGGCCCGACGCAAGCAACCACAGCUCACAGCUUCAGUGCAUUUUUGCAAGCGGAUCGAGUUCCCCGACACAAUGAUGCAACUCUGUGGUGUUCAAGCCAUUCGUUUUUGUAUUUCUUUUUUUUCUUAAAUCAUUGCAAGCUAAGAAAUGAUAUUAUUCAAAUGUGUCUGUCAAUCUCUGGGUGGUGAGGGGGGGGUCAUCGCAUGUACACUGAUGGGCGCGAUGGACUACAAAAGGAACCACUGCUAUUACUAAGGAACUGUAAAGUCACUUCGAUGCACCUCAACUCAUCUGCGGGCAACUCGCAGUUUUUGGUCUCAGUUUCGGGAACCUCUCACCGAUGUUGUGGAAAAACCUCAAGUCGUAAAAUGUCCCCCCCCCCCCCCCCCGCUGGGGUGUGUUUCCCCACCUUUUUUCAAGUGACGUGCAAUAUAUGCCACAGACUCUACCGUGCAAGCACCACCACCUCUCUGAGAGAGAGAAGAGACUGUAAGGAAUGAUUGAACCGCAAAAUCUGCCCUUCGAUCACCCCUUAAAACUGCCACUACUACCCCCCCCAAGAGUGUGUGUGUGCGCAGGAGAGCAGCGAGCUGGUCUUCACCCACCUUAUGUCCAAGAUACAAGGAGGUACCCACAAAGCACUUCUUCAGCCAGCCCACCCUCCACACUUACACCAGUGACUGGUUUCGGGGGAGGAGGGAAAGGUGUGUGUGUGCGUGUGUGCGCGCGCGUGUGUGUGUGUGUGUGUGUGUGUGUGUGCACUUGGGUAGAAGGCAUCAAACCAAAAUGAGAGGAGCUGGUUUUUCUUUGUACCCAAGAAAACCAGGUUACCUUUUUUGUGUUUUCCCUGUUUGCUCAUAUUUGCAUUGGUAGGAAUGUUGGCAGCGGAGAUUUGUGAAUAGGUCGUCUAUCAUAGCACUUAGCAAGAGCGUCGCAGCUCGUUAUACCCUUAACGCCAACAGACAGAAGAGAGGAGAAGCCACGAUGGCAAAAAAAAACUGGAAAAAAAAAUAAGACAAAAAAAGCAAUCUGCCUGGUGGCUUCUCCAAACGCUUAUUUUUUAACUUGACAUGAAUGUGAAGAUGUAUUUUUUUUUUUCUCCUCUCUCUAUCCUUCUUCCCUCAAGUCUCAAGGACGAGGAAGGAUGUCAAACAUGGUAGCAAAGUGAAGGGAAAUACAAAGCAAGAACUAACUCAACUGACGAUGGGUGCAGCGGGGGCCAGACCCCCAAAGCACUCGCCCUCUUCAACUAAGUAAAUAUCACUGUUGCAUUGCGUACUCUGGAACCUUCCGCCUCGGUGUCUGGAAAACCCUCGACAUGUUCCACUGGAUCCAAGCAGGGAGGAUCGCCGCCGCCGCCGUCUUCGUCCAUUUCUUUUGGUCUUCUUCUUCUCCUCUUCUUUCUAUUGGAGGCCCUGCCAACCUGUGUGAUAGUGUGGCCACUGAGUGCCUGCCUGCUGCAGAGUACGGUGCUCUGCAGCAGCUGCCGCCCCCCCUCCUGCGGAUCCCUACAGACUGGCGUCCCCCCCCCCCCCCCCCCACACACACACUUGGCCUCCAGGCCGAGAGCAGCUCUUUCAUAAUACAUUUACUACUACUGCUGCGCCAGAGUCUGUCCUCAGCAACACCCCCCCCCCCUCUUUGUCUCCCUCCUGCAAGGAUCACUUUACCCAGAAAUGGAGGCGUUCAAUGCGUAGUUGUUUUUCUUGCUUUCACUUAUGGAAUCGCCAGUGUGGAUUUUUAUUUGAUUGUUGUCAUGAAGUUUGCUGACAUUGUUGCUGUUAUCAUUGAGGAUAUAAUGAUAAUGAUUGUUUUCAUGGCUUUUUUUUUCACAAUGGUCUUUUAUGCAGUGUUCAGCCCCUCUCCUGCCCCUCCCACUGCCCCCCCCCCGGGCACAAGCGGUGUGUGGUGACGAGGUACGAAACGCUGCAGAUCUCAGUCGACAGGGUCAGUGGGGGGAGUUCUUUACUCGGACAGGUUAAAAGAGUCACGUCCAAUCAGGUGGCAAAGGGUUGUGUAGUCAAAGGUUCUCCAGGAUAGUCGGCCAACUUCUUCUGUCCAUCCUCCCCCACCCCACACUCACACUGGUGCUUUAUGUUUAACUCUGGGAGCACUCAGUUACACUUAGAACCAACUGAUAACAGCCUUCCAUUUCUAUGCAAAGACGAGGAGGUGUUCAUUCGCAGACCCCCCCCCCCCCCGCACACACACAUUUGCCAAUCCUCACAUCUCUCCACCAUCACUAACCGGUAGCUUCCCUUCAAACCCCCUUGAUCAAAUGUAAGCCGGACGCUGAACGAGUCCCUUUGAGGGUUUAGCCCCCCGCUGUGUGGACGGAGCUGCUGCGUGACUCUUAACUGACCUGCUGCAGACGCGAGUCGUUGGCAAACCAAGUCCCUUCUUCAGUGUUUUGCCGAGUGAUCCACAAACAUUUACUUCCCACUUUGCCAUAUCCUAAUUUAUCUUAAGCGAGAUUAUUCCAGCUGCGGGAGGCACGGGGAGUAGAAGGGCCGGACAGAUGAAUGGUGCUGGGCUUUCACCGACAGUGGACUUGAACCGUAGUGGCGAACCAGGCUGGGGAGGGCGGUGGCGAAGGGUCCCCCUGUAGGUGUCUGUGCACUGUUUAUGGGUCAAAUCGGGUACAUCUCUUUAAAAAACCAAAAACGUAUUUGUCUUUAUCAUCAAGAUUUUUGCAAAAACUAGAAAAUACAAAAAAGGAAAAGGGUCGUCGAGCUGUGCACUCCGAGGCGUCUGUGUCCCGUGUCCCUGAAAGCGCCCGCCUUCUUGCCCCGUCUGGGAAGCUGCAUCCAGGUGGUUCGUUUUGGACCUCUGACCUGAAGGUCAAAGACAGGUCAUUUCUGCUCAUCUGGCUCGGGGGUGGGGGGGAGGCAGGGUCCGAGGUAUCAUCAGAAAUAGGGACAAAACCUUAAGUUCGGUACUGAGUCUUAAAAACUUCCAGAGUCACUGUAGACUCAUUCAACAAAACCAUCACUAUUGCCUGUGUUGUGUGUUCGUUUGUUCCUAAAAAAAAACCUGCAUCAACUCCACAUUGGACUUGAACCAAGCAACUGGCGUCUGGGGGGGUCGAGUGGAGUGGGAGGACGGGUCACUGGGACGGAGGUCAAGUCUCAGAAGUGCCCGGGGGGUUUUUUUGUUUUUGUUUUGGCGCCGCACCAGCACUGAGAGCCCCGCCCCUUCCCGCGUCCCGCGUCCUGCUCUCUUAUCUGCCUGUCUGUGGUUGGAAAUCAGACGCUGCCCCUGUUUGAAAGUCACACGGACUCAAAGGUAACUGGACCUCAAGCAAAUGCUUCUCAAUCAUGGAUCAGACGAGGGUCAAAGGCCCCGAAAAAGUGGACUUAGCAAAUCACUCUUAUAAAAAAAUAAAUUAAAAAAAAAGGCCUGGGUUGAAUAUGCACAUGCUAGUUCAUAUACACAACAUGCAUCUAUACAACCAAGAUUACAUAAUGUGUGUGUGUGUGUAUAUGGCUAGAUCUCUUUGUUUUCCACUUGGCCUAAGCCCCACAACCCCCCUCUCUGCCCCCCUGCCCCGGCUUUGGCACUUACCCCGUGUACCCUCCUCGCCGUUAUGUUCCCCAGAAGACAAGAUCAUAAACAUAUCAGAGUAAUACAAAAUAAUGAAAACAAAUACUUGAAUCAAAAGAAGCGCCAAUAAUGUAAUGUGAACACUUUUUUUGUAGUGACUUUCUGUCUCAUUCAUAAACAGAGAUUUUUGAUAGCAUCAGUUAGGAGUGAAUUAAAAUUUGGAAAACGAGUGUUGAAAACAAAGGUCGAUAUAAAGGUAAAUUUAUGUCUGUUGUAUUUGAGUGUUUGCACAAGGCUGCUUGUACCGUAUGUUGUAUGAACGAAUGUUUAGUGUACGAGGUGAAAAUAUGUAUGAGAUCUCGUGAUUACAGCGGAGGAAACUCCGCCUCGUGGUUCUUUUUCAAUUAAGUAUCGUUUUGUUUUUGAUUUUUUUUCUUUUCGCUUGUCAAAAAUAUAUUCUGAUGUUAAUUGUGACUAGCCUCUAGCGUUGCACUGAGUGUCGGCCUCAUCCCUCAUCCAGCUAAACGAACAACAUGAUACACGUACUGAGGGGAGACGGGGACAGUUCAUGUGUAAAUGUUUACUCAAGGACUAAAAUAAGUGUGUUUUUAAAAUGUAAUGUUUAUCUACCUUAGUGGCUUUCAUUGUCGAAUAAUCCAAGAAAGUAUGGAUCAUAAUUGAGUAUUGCACCAUUUUUCGGACUAUAAACCUGAGAAAAAGAAGAAAGCAAGAAAAGAAAAGAAAUAAAAAAUUGACAUGUAUAAAAUAAAAUUCAGCAUAAAAAAAAAAGUAUUUUGCAGAACUGUCGCCAUAGAUUUGGGCAGAAGGACUUCAGCUCUCCCAAAUCUAAGCAACGGAGGGAUUGAAAGAGACAUCAGACUGAGCCUUGGCUUCUAGGGCUGACUUCAGAGGUGCCUACCUUUUUGGUUUGUUAGCUUUCCGUUCUGUUUUCACUUCAACGUUCAAUUCACUCAUGUUGUCGUUUGUUUUCCUGCAAGGCCACUGACAGUUUACAAACACUUUGUUUAUUUCUGGAGUUCGAAAAAAUAAAUCAGCAACACAAAGGAAUUAAAUAAUGGGAAUGUUGUAAAAAGAAGGAAAAAAAGGACAAAUGCUUCCAUUAAAGAAAAAAAACACAACACUUCAAAUAAAUGAAUAUUUCUUGUGCUACUUUCAGAACUCUGGGAUUGAACAGUGUUGUCUUCUUCUGUUUAACCUUCUUUGUUGUGUGUUAAUGUUGAUUUCAUCGAUUAUCUGAAGCCUGUACGUUUUAUGUUGAUUAUAUAUAUUUUUCCUUUAUAUAGAAAAAAAAAGAAAAGAAAAAAAGACAUAAUUGCUCACUAUCUUGCACACGAAAAAGUGGAUUUUGUCUCAGGAAGGCCAGGGUUCCAGAGUACCAACUCCACGCCAUUUUAAUGUACAUUUCUAUGAUGAGUAAAACAAAUGGACGAUUUAAAAGAAACAAUGCUAAGCACUGAAAGUUAUGGGUUUCAGAAGAAGAGAAAAUACCUUUUGUUUCUAAAUCCGUAGCAGUUACAUAAUAACCAAAUAAUGGACUUUAAAUGAAAAUGGAGUGCUUUAUAUAAAAAAAAAAUCUAUAUAUUAAAAUUGCUUUACAUUUAAAAACGAAAAAGGUCAAUGAUUUUGAUUGUCAAAAAAAAGACUGAAUAACAAAAUGCUGUAUGUUGGAAUCUUUAUUGUGUUUUCUAAAUGAGGUCCUGUCCUGACUAAAUCAGGAACUUUGUGCAUUACUCUUUCUUUCCUCUUUCUCUCAUUCUCCCACAGCGGGUAUUAUUAAUAUAGAAAUCAGACUUUUGUGGAACAUUUUUCCCAUUUUGGAGGAUGUUUAUAAAACAUGAGCUGGUUGUAAAGGAUCAUGAAACUAUGCACAAGUGUUUUUUUUCGGGGGGGGGGGGAUUUUAUGGCCUACUUCUAAGUGGCUCAUCUGUUGCUGGGUUUUUGGGAUCCAAUGUGUUUUUUAUUUUAUUGUGAAGGGCGCGCAGGGGCGAGUUGAUUCAUGUAAAGCUCUCUGCCUCCAGCUUCCUUCUCCCCAUUCAGAUUGACCUAUAGCGCCACAUCGCCAUGCUGUGUAUUCCUAAAACCAAUGAGCGUCUCACUCGUUAGCACUGUGGGAUUCUAGCCUGUCACCCUCAAGGGUUUGUUUUCUGAGUUAAGGGUUUUUUUGGGAGGGCGGUGGGUGUUGGAUUAGGGCUGCUUUUUUUCCUCUUCAUUUUUUUGCCUUUUUUAUUUGGAAUAUUGAGUAAAAAUGUCUGUACUGAGAUUUAAUGAAAAGUCAGUGGCUUGUAAUGUUUUUUGUUUUUUUUCUCUCUGUAUAUCUCUUUCUCCUCAUAGAAUGUGAUUGUUAAAUGACAUGCACCGAAACAAAUGUUUUCAUGAACUAUGGAGCUUCUUUGAAAUAUUAAUAAAAUAGCAUUUUUUUCUUGGCUGUUAAA